ACGACGGGCCGGAAAGUAGCGGCCGCAGCUGUCGCCGGGCCGGGUCGUGCCGAACCAAGCCACUAUGGGGAAAAUUGCGCUGCAGCUCAAAGCCACGCUGGAGAAUGUCACCAACCUCCGCCCCUUGGGUGAGGACUUCCGGUGGUACCUCAAGAUGAAAUGUGGCAACUGUGGUGAGAUUUCAGAGAAGUGGCAGUAUAUUCGGCUGAUGGACAGUGUGGCACUGAAGGGAGGUCGUGGCAGUGCCUCCAUGGUCCAGAAGUGCAAGCUGUGUGCGAGGGAAAACUCCAUCGAGAUUUUGAGCAGCACCAUCAAAUCUUACAAUGCUGAAGACAAUGAGAAGUUCAAGACAAUCGUAGAAUUUGAAUGCCGAGGCCUUGAACCAGUUGAUUUCCAGCCCCAGGCUGGGUUUGCUGCUGAGGGUGUGGAAUCGGGAACAGUCUUCAGUGAUGUUAAUCUGCAGGAGAAGGACUGGACUGACUAUGACGAAAAGGCUCAGGAAUCUGUGGGAAUCUACGAGGUCACCCACCAGUUUGUGAAGUGCUGAACCUUCUUCGUGCACACUUGCCUCUAAGAACUGAGAAGGGACAAAGGGACAAUGUGCCCUGAGCAGCAGAGCCCCCUGAGGCGCGUCCCCUCAUCCCUUGUCUCCUGGAAGCUAUCCAAGCCCUCACAGCCUGCAUGCUGGGCUCUGUCACAGCUUCCCAAGCCCCACCAAUAAAGCCCCCGUUUGUGCUGCCCUGGUACAUGGAGGCAGAGUCCGGCAACAGCAGCUCCCUCCACAGAUAAGAAGUUGUGUUGGAAGUCUCUCAUUGCUUCCUGGCACACUGCCACAGUAUAGGAUCCAAUUUGCAAAAUAUGCAGGAGCACAUAGCUUAUAAGGGCUCUCCAGCUCUUGGGGAGCAGGUAGGUCAACUCAAGGGACCUAAGGUGUCAAGGCCAAUGGUACAAAGGGCAGCUGGGCCUGUGGAAUGAUGCCAUGAGCCCCAUGGUCCUGAGCCAAAACACUACAUUUACCACCUUGGCUCUUAAGUAAACCCAGGCAUUUCUCGCUGGUGUCACUUCAUAUUCCAGGGCUAGCAGGGACUUUUUAGAGGCAACAGUCCAGUCCUGGCAUGAAUCUGCUCUGUGAAAUUCCUGCUGGACGGUCAUCAAGUCUUUGUCCAUUUGCUGUGAUGAGGCAAUCCUCUCCCAUCGGGAGUCAAUAUGAAAGUUCUUCCUUCUGCUAAGUCAGCCUCUGUGCUCCCUGGAGCUCCUGCUGGUCCUGGUUUGUCACCUUUGUGGUCAUGCUUCCAUGUUCUGCCCCUGGACAGCCCUGUGGAGGUCUGAAGACAGGAGUCACGGCCCUGUAAGUCUCAUGGGCCUGGUUCCCUGGUUCUGAAGAUCCCCUGCAGAGUAGAGAGAGUUAUUCAGUGCACAGUUAGAUCAUGAGGGCACACUCAGCGUUCACCCUGGUGAGUCCACCAUUUGGAAAACCUGUUACGAGAGACCUUACUUCUCCAGUGUUCUGCUGGAGCCAGAAUUCUUUGGAAGUAAAAAUGAUUACCUUCAUUUUCUGAGAGGCCCACUGGGAAAAAGUCUGCCCACUUCCAGACUGGUCGUGGGGGGCACUAGGAAGGGGCACUCCUACCUCAGAUUUCAGGUAAAGCUGGCUGUGUCCAAGGGUGAUAAAGCGAUCCCUACCUUGUCCAUUCUCCAGUCUGGCAUCUACAUCAUGUUUCCUCUAGGUUCCCUGUGUUCCUGGCGCCUGGACCUGCUCUUUUCUGCAUCUGACAGAGCAGAGCUGCUUUGGCCUGCCCUCAGCCAGCAGGUCUAUCCAGUCUGUCACCCCCAGGGUCCAGUCCACUGCCCAGCCUGAAAGCAAAUAUGUGGAAGCAGCCUGAGUAAGCAGCCUUUCUGGGUUUUAGUCUGUUAUGUAAUAGCCAGUGUGUGUGAAGCUCACAAAGACAGACAAUAAAAGGAUUUCAAGGUUUUCUUUAUA